CUCGAUUGUUCUGUCUGGGGCCUCACUCAGUACAAGCUCCUUCCAGUUCUUAUUGUGAUCUCUUAGCAUGUCAACGUCAACAGUUGCUCCGGCGCCUAGUCACACCCUUGACUCCACUCAAUCCAGUCCAUACAGUCACCUGCAGCAUUACCUCUACAACCUGGUCUUUAACAUGGAUUACAUCAACAAACACUCAGAGGCUUGGUUGCAUAAUAAAACGUAUGGGAUCCUGACAGCGGUUGGAUGCUUUCUGAUACUGAUGAUUGCCUGUAGUUGCUACUGCUACCGUCAACGUUCCAAGAGAGUCGCAGCUCGUAGAGCUCAAAUUCAGGCCAGAGUCUUUUAUCACAAAUUUGGCCCGAGACCAAUCACUAUUGAGACGGACUCCCAGGAGCAGCAUGAAUUAGAAGCUGUUCAAUGAAGUUCCACGUGGCCUUGGUAUGUGGGAAGUUGACCUUUCGUAGUUCCAGAUCGUCCAGCGCCAGCGUCUCCCGAGGGGCUGUGGAGAUUAUUUACUGAUAUUGACACAUUUUAUUAUAAAUUACCACAUUUAUCAAACAUGUGAAUAAAAUAUCAAAUAUGC